CCGGCUGUUCGUGCGGGCCCUGCCAUACCGAUCUAACCAACCAGGAUUCGCAUGCUUCCUGUUAAAGCCAACGUUGUGUUGAGGGAGAGGGAGAGAGCAGUCAUGUCCUUCUUCUUCAAGCCCUCGCGGGCUCGACCGACCCCUGCGGAGCUUGUGAAGGCGAUUAGGGACAGUUUCCUCGCCCUUGAUACAAAGACAGCUGCUAAGGCACUUGAAGAUGUUGAGAAGAAUAUUGUUUCCAUGAGACAAAUGCUAUCUGGUGAUGGGGAAGCUGAGCCAAGUCAAGAACAGAUCUCACUAAUAGCCCUUGAAAUUUGCAAGGAGGAUGUUCUUUCCCUUUUUGUCCAAAAGCUGCCAUCAUUGGGAUGGGAUGCCAGAAAAGAUUUAGUGCAUUGUUGGGGCAUAUUGUUGCGGCAAAAGGUUGAUUCUACAUAUUCUUGUGUGGAAUAUAUUGAGAACCAUUUAGAUCUCCUGGAUUUUCUUGUUAUUUGUUAUAAUAACAAAGAGAUUGCACUGAAUUGCGGCAGCAUGUUGAGGGAAUGCGUUAAAUAUUCAACACUUGCGAAAUAUGUUCUGGAGUCAACAAGCUUCGAACUAUUCUUUAAAUACGUGGAAUUGCCAAACUUUGAUAUUGCUUCUGAUGCUCUUGCUACUUUCAAGGACUUGCUCACUAAACAUGAGACAGAAGUUUCUCAAUUCUUAAGUACCCACUAUGAGCAGUUCUUUGAGCUCUAUGAUAAGCUUUUGUCAUCUUCAAACUAUGUUACCAAAAGACAAUCGUUGAAGCUUCUCUCGGAAUUUCUUUUGGAAACUCCAAAUUCUCAAACAAUGAAACGAUACAUCUCUGAAGUUCGAUACUUGAAGACGAUGAUGGCAUUGCUCAAGGAUUCAAGUAAAAAUGUCCAGAUAUUAGCGUUCCACAUUUUCAAGGUAUUUGUUGCUAAUCCAAACAAGCCACGAGAGAUUAAAGACCUCUUGGCAAAUAAUCAUAAAGAACUGCUAAUGAUACUUCAUAAUCUUCCCGUCAGCAAAGAUGAGGACGAGCAGUACGAGGAGGAGAGAGAGCUUAUAAUUAAUGAAAUCGAGAAUAAUUCAAGAUGUGCAAGUAGCUCUGUUUAUAUCUCCUAGAUUUAUGAUAGGCUUGUAAUGAUAAUUAAUGUGCAAAUUAUGUAGUGUAAUUCCUCACAGAAAUAAUUAAAGAUGUUGCUGAUAAUUUUAUUGUCAAA